AUGGAUUUGUUCUUCUGGCUCUCCAAACUCUACGAAUUCAUCCGAUUCCGAUUCCACCGUUAUCCUAAAUUCCCACUUCUUCACCUACCGUAUCUUGCAAUAAAACAAGUUAUAGAAUCUAUGAGCGUUUCGGAAAGAAUAAAACUAUCUCAAACUUCGAAACGAAUGGUACCCUAUGUCAGAAUGAGACUUCCAUUCUAUGACGUUUUCAUAAGUGAUGUGUUAUCGGGUAUCUUUAUGAAAGAACAAGGUACAUUAUUAUAUUGUGGAAGGGAAAUCCACAGGUUCGCAGGAAAAUACGAGUGUCUGACCAGCUUGGAUUACGGAGAGUGUGUAUGUCUAUUUCUAUCCGAGAUAUUCGAAACUACAAUCGAGCAGAUUUUCGAAAUUCCCGCAUUUCAAAAGUGUGGUCGAAUCGUGCUCUGCCAGGGGAAAAUCUCAUCGAUCCAUCUUGAUAAGAUAAUGGAAAUGGCCAAUGAUAAAAGAGAUAUUAUAACAAUAUACAUAGCAGUGGCACAGGAUUAUCGACACGAAAUGGCCUUCGAAUUCCGUAAUAUAGAGUAUGACGAUGCUCGUUGGGUGAGACUAGAAUACCUGUUCUCAAUGAAUAAUUGUGAGAAUGUAAAGAUUAGCCAGUGUCGACUCAACUUGUUCGAUAUCAAUACACUUAUAAAAUACUGGAUUCUUUGUCAACGGGAUAUGUUCAAAAAUUUGACAAUUCGAUUUGAGAAGCAAGAUAUUGAAUUCGAUUGGAAUGUUGUGUUGAGAGAUGUUGCUGUCGAAAAAUUGGAUAAUUCUUCUUUUUUGAUGUAA